GCCCUCUUCAUUUUGAGUUAACUGACGGUUUGGUUUUGAAAUUAAACUGAAUCUGAAUCUCUUUCUGAAUUUCGUUUUGUAUUGUGUUGGUUAUUUAAUAAUUGAUAACUUAAAUGUUUAUUAGUGUAUUUUACAUUUAAAUUAGUAUGUGAUGCUGAAAGUUUGAAGUGACAGUUGGAUAUAAUCCUCGGAACAUGUAUUUCGAAAUUGAGAACACGCCAGAACAUAUUAGACGAAGUCGUCAUGUUGAAGCCACACAAAAAAGGUCUCCGAAAGAGGAAUGCCCCCGUCUCAUACUCGCGCCCUUCUCCAGGCCUCCGCAAGUGGUCUUCGACAAUGUACUUGUUGGAUCUUCAUGUGAGAGGAACUUGGAAGUGUUCAAUCCAUCGAAACAAGUACAGCAGAUAACCCUUGGCCGCAGUCUUCCCCCAGACUUGGUCAUAGAGCUGCCAGGAGAAUGGUUGAUCCUGGAACCAGAAACCUGUUACUGCCUCACAAUGCUUUGGACUCCGAGACAACCAACUGCAUUGAGGGAGACCAUAAGGUUCACAAAUGAGAACAGGGGGCGUUAUGAUGUGAUUGUGGUGCUUAAGUCUGCAUUGACUAUUAAAGGAAAAUGCACCCAACCUAAAGGCUUCAAAAUAUCUCCUGGCAAAAUGAAAAAGAAACCAUCAAAAAAAUCUCCUGUUGCAAUUUAUAAGAAAAAGUCUGAAAUAAUUUACAAUGCCACAAAAAUAAAAAAGACUAUAAAUGUAGUCAAAACCAUGCAACACGCGGUUCUGCAGCCAUCAAACAGAAUAAACAUGAUGAAUAAUUAUUCUAUUGAUUCUCACCAUGAAAAAUGUCCCUUUGAUUCCCCAACCAGUUUAGAUUUUAACUUUGACACUUCAGAAGUAUUUUCGAACAUGCGACGAACCAACAACACUAAUAUACUGCAACAAACUUACGAGAAAUCUUACACCAGCAAUAAAGAAAAUGUAAUCCAAAUGCAAAAUGUAUUGAAACCAUCCAACAAAUGUAAUACCUCUGCAUCAGACAUAUUUGACAAUCUUACAUUUACACCACUGAAGAGUUUGGCCUCUAAAACUGAUAAAUUGAAUAAAGGGCCCAAGAUAGUCGUGAGUGUUAAUUCCGAAAGUGAUUUCGAUGAUAGCUUGGAUAUGAAAACUUCUAACAAAGAAAAUGAAACUCAUUCAAUUAUAUCGAUAUCGACGUCACAACCCAACAAAUGGUUGAACGUUAACCACGCGCAGUUAGACAAUCGCGAUAUAGAAACUCCAGCCAACAAGAAGAUCCCAAACACGUCAUCCCCUAAAGAGUUAAACAGCCCUAACUUCUCGAUCAACACAGAAUUUUCUCGUAUCAGUGACCUGUCCUUCUUCCCUCAAAGAUUCUCCACAGAGAGAAAGUGUUUGCCGAAAAUGAAUAAUGAUACCCACGACAUUAUUGACGAUCUUCAAUUGAAUAUGAAAUUUAGUUCUGAUACGUAUACUAAAGAUUCGCCUAAUACGCCUAUGGAGCAACAGUACUACACCGAAUCCAGACCACCACAUUUCUUUUUGCGAGACCAGCAUCCCAAAAUGAGGCAAUCUCUUUUCAAAGAGUAUCAACAACAGAGAGAAAAUUACGACAGAAACUAUUUGAAUCCUUGCGAAAACAAUGUCUGGCACAACGAGCUGCGCGCUGACAUCAGGUCGCCGCCGCGGUCCGUCACGCCACCUCUUCAGUCCAUACCUGAAGAGAGUGCCCACUUUUCAGAGACACAAGUACUUGACAAAACGAAUAAACAACAGACUACGUUUACUAUACAUGACCGCACGUUUGACAAAGACAGAAAUUCUAUUUUAACACGACAGUCUUGGUCGAAGAAAGCCGUAAUUAAAACUGAACCCGAUCUAUGGAAAGUCCCAGUAUCCCUGCCCAGAAAAUCCUUAAAACCCAAAUCAAGUAUAAAGAGCAGAGAAUCCCUAAUAUCCAACGUUACGUUUGACGGCAAUAAAAAUAGGAAUAUGUCUAUCACUCAGGUAGAAAAUGUUUACUCACAGUCUUUGACGGUAGAUCCGUUUUUGUCUUCCACAUAUUUCUAUGAUAAGGAAGCGGUUGACAAAUUCGAGAAAGAAUUUAAAAGGUGGCUGAAUUGCAUUUUGACGCCUCCCGCCGAUCUGGAUAGCAACAUUGAGCAAAAGAUUGACGUCGGGAAGGCAUGGAUUGAGAACAGGAACAAAGAAGUGCCCGUAGCUCCCACGAAGGAGCAGGUGUGCAGCUCGUACCACGACAGCCGCCGGAUGGAGAGCCUCCGCCGCGCCGCCCGGGCGCUUCUCUUGAGCCCUGAGAUCGCGCAAGUCUUUGUCAAACUCAAUGUGCAGAUUGAGAAAAAAUUAAUUGCAAUACGAACAGACAGAAAUCUACAUUUAGAUGUUGGAUUACAGAAGGCCAUUAUGGAACUGUUAUUAUCUUACAAUCCUCUGUGGCUUCGUAUCGGACUUGAAGCUAUUUAUGGAUUGGUUCUCCCGCUGAAAUCGAACAGUGAUAUAGAAGGACUUACGGCUUUUAUAAUACAAAGAUUGUUUAAAAAUCCCCAUUUGAAAAAUAAACACUCAAAGUUAUCUGCGCCUAACAUGCUGCUGCCCGCUUAUAUGGACGCAAUUAAGAAAUUUACUUUGAAGAAGUUUUUUAUGCUUGUCUUCUUUUUAGAUCAAGCAAAACAAAAGAAAUUGAUAUCGCACGAUCCCUGCCUAUUUUGUCGUAACGCCAUUUGUAAGGAAAGUCGAGAAAUAGUCAUUAGAUUUACGCGAGAGCUCAUCGCCGGCAUCGGCGAUAUAACGAAACAUUUGCGUCCACUCGGUUACGUCGUAUGUCACAAGCAGUCUUAUUUAGAUGAAUAUAAAUAUGCUGUCCAUAAUUUAGCUACUGACAUUAGAGACGGCGUUCGACUGACCAAAGUAAUGGAGAUAAUCUUGAUGAAAAACGGCUUGCUGAAUCAGCUCCGUACACCCGCUAUUUCGCGGUUGCAAAAAAUCCAUAACGUGCAAGUCGCUCUCAACGCAUUGAAGGAAGCUAACUUUGUGAUAGUUGGUGAUAUCAAUGCUAACGACAUAGCGGACGGUCACAGAGAGAAGACACUCUCACUGUUAUGGCAACUUAUACACGUGUUCCGCGCUCCGUUGUUUGAGAAAGCCGCCAACGUUAUACAGACUUGGUGGAGGAAGAAAUAUGAGGUGAUAGUGGCACAGAGGAAGGAGGAAGAGAGGAUUCUCCAGGAGAGAAAUAAUGCAGCGAGUGUGAUACAAUGUUGGUGGCGCCGCAUUCAGUACAACCGCUUGGUGGAGUGGAAGAUGCAUCAAGUGGUCGCCGCGACCAUCACCAUACAGAAAUUCUGCCGGAUGUGGCUGUGCCGCUCUCGCCUGCGACAAUUCAAAUCUAGUGUACAAACCAUUGAGAACUGGUACACCUCUGCCAAACUGAUCAGGCAGGCUAAGGAAACUCUUUUGAAACUGAGGUCCGAAAGAGAGGAAUUGAGAAAGAAAGCCACUAUUAUUUUACAAAGUUAUGUUCGGCGUUGGAUUUGCUUGAAACAAUACAGGAAAACUUUAAAACAAAUUGCAAUUAUUCAAAGUUUGCUCCGCAGUUUUGUUAUCAGAAGGCAGUAUUUACGAUUGAGAAGUGCUAUUGUAUCUGUACAACAGAAAUAUAAAAGUAAACUGCUCAUGAGACAAGACAUGCGUAACUUUAAGCAAACUCGUAGAGCCGCCGUGGUGAUUCAGAGCACCUACAAGAUGAUCAAACAAUAUAGAGCUUUCCAGAAAUUAAAACAAUCUGUAAGAAUGGUCGAAGAGCGCUAUCUAGCAUUACUACAUAUGAGAGAGCAAAGAAAAACUUAUUUAGAAAUAAGAAAAAGCGUUAUUUUACUGCAGUCUCAGUACAGAGGUAGAAAAUGUCGUCUACAAUACAAGAGGUAUAAAAACAAAAUUAUUCUUUUGCAAAGAAAAAUCCGCGCUCAUCUGUCGAUGAAGAAUCAGAGGUGCGAAUAUUUAAAACUGAAACGAUCAGCUAUUUCAAUCCAACGUUAUAUUCGAUCGUAUCUUACUAUGAAGAAAGUGCGCACAUAUUAUUUGCAUCAGCGCAACUCUGCAAUUGUAAUCCAGAGGUAUUUUAGAUCAUACCUAAUUACGAAGUUGCAAAGACAGCGUUACAUUGACAUGCGUAACGCUGCGUUAACUAUCCAGGCGUGUUACAGAAAUUUGAUAGUAAUGCGUCAUGAAAGAUCUGCUUUCAUGAAACUAAGACAAGCGACUCUUUGUACACAAAGGCGAUACAGAGCUCAGCAAUUGAGGAGAACGUGUGAGGAAGACUAUAAGCAAAUGAGAGCGGCUGCAGUAGCUGUUCAGAGAAGAUACAGAGCGCGAAAACUUAUGCUCGAGGAGAAAUCGAAGUAUUCCCAGAAAAGAUUGUCCUGUAUAAAAAUACAGAAUGCGUUUAGGGCUUUGUUGUUAGGCAGGGAGCAGCGUAAAGAUUUCCUGAAGAAACGAGAAGCGGCCUUGAAAAUUCAAACCUGGUUCCGAAGCUGCAGACAAGGAAAACAAGUGAAGCAACUUUUCCAGCAGACGAAACACGCGUGCAUAACUAUUCAGAGGAUUUAUAAGGCCUAUAUCAUCGGAAGAAAGGACAGGCAAGAAUAUAUCAAAAUUCGAACAGCCACCAUUUACAUUCAAAAAUACUAUCGCGCUUAUGUCGUAAUGAAAACGGUUAGGCAGCAGUACAUACACCUGAAAGCUUCGACUGUGAAGAUUCAAAGAUUUUACAGGUCUCACUUGGAAACUAAGAAACAGAGAUUUUCGUAUUUGAGAUGCAGAACAGCAGCGAUCUUUAUCCAGAACUACUACAGAAGAUAUAAAGAAACUAAAGCGAUAAGCCAAAAGUAUUGUGAAUUAAGAAAUGCAGCCGUUUGCAUACAGCGUCAAUAUCGCGGCUUGUGUGCCAUGAGGCGCGAUCGAAACCAGUACAGGACAUUACGAAUGUCUACAAUUGUGUUGCAACAGAAAUAUAGGGCUUUACUACAGAUGAGGGCGCACAGAAAUGCUUACUUAAAAUUACGGUCCGCUGCCAUAGUUCUUCAAAAUAGAUUCAGGGCUUUACUAAUGAUGAAACAAGAAAGAACCAAAUACACCAUACUGUUAAAAGCAUGCAUUCAAAUACAAAGAUGUUACAGAGCAUAUUCUCUAGGGAGUAAACAACGCGAAAUAUAUUCAAAAAUGAGACAAUCGGUGAUGGUCUGUCAGCACAGAUACAGGGCUCUGCUUGCUAUGAGAAAACAAAGGCAGAUGUAUCAAACAUUGCAAUCUUCUGCUGUAACCAUUCAGAGAAGAUAUAGAGCGCAUCGUUUGAUGUUACAAGAACGAUCUAAAUAUAAGAAAAUAUUGGACGCAUGUACUGUAAUACAAAGACGGUAUCGAGCCUAUAUAUUGGGUAAAAAUCAAAAAAUAAAUUAUAUCACGUUGAAAUCUUCUGUAAUUAUAAUACAGAGACGUUACAGGUUGUUGAAUGAAAUGCGCAAGGCACGAUUGGAGUACCUUAAACUGAAGAAUACAGCUGUUUAUGUUCAACGUCGCUUCAGAACUAACAAGAUUAUUCAAAACGUGCGAAAAUUAGAAGCAGCGAAGUUUAUACAGAGUUGGUAUAGAGCGCAGCGACUACGUAUUACCUGCAGGUCAGAGUAUCUGAGAUUGAAAACGAGUGUUGUUAUCAUUCAGUCGUCGUUCCGAAAGUUUGUGGCGCGAAAAAAAUAUUUGAUGAAGCGUAACGCCGCUUUAACUAUACAGAAAUAUUAUCGCAGUCACAAAUUAACUUUAGAGACAAGACAGAAAUACCUUGAACAGAGGAAUGUGAUUAUAAAACUGCAGGCUAGUUUCAGAGGGUACAUUGCGAGACAGCAUUACUAUAAAGUUCGUAAAGCUACUCUUACGAUACAGCGCGCCUAUAGACUGAAAAGACAAAGAGAUAUCAUAAAAAUAAAAAGAGAAAUGUCUGCAAUUCGUAUACAGAGUUGCUUUAGACGAUAUGUGGCUCGAUCGAGGUAUUUAGAAUUAAGAAAUAAAGUGAUAUUCGUGCAAAAGUUAUGGAGAGGGAAGUUGGUGACAAGACUGCUGCGAUGUGAAUUCUUCCAGAAGAGACAAGGGAUCAUUAGGUUGCAAGCUGUUAUCAGGGGUUAUCUGGUACGGAGACACGUGUCGCUCAAGAGGGAGCAGCUACGGAAGUUCAGAGAAGAACAGAGGCGACAUAGGGCUGCGACGAUAAUUCAGGCGCACUACCGCGGCUACAAGACGCGCGCACUCGCCGCCGCCGCCGCCGCCGCCGCGACGCAGUGGCUGGCGCGCUGGCGGCGCGGCGCGCAGCGCUCGGCUCAGCAGUCGCUGCGCGAGCGCAACGCCGACGCAAUGGCCGUGCUGCGCAACAUGGCCGACAUCGAGACUGUCAUCCGGGCGUUCAGGUCGCUCGAACUCCUGACGGAGGUGUUCCCGAUGAUGUACCAGGAGAACGCGGCCUCGAUCGUGAAGCGCGUGUACAUCUACAUGUCGGUGACCAACCGCUCCAUCUCCAGCAUCGACGUGCUCAAGUCCGCCUCCUCCAUGCUCGUCAACCUCACGCGGUUCAGGCUCACCGGCCCUAAGAUUUAUGCGAGGGAUCGCAUACCGCCUAUCCUGAAGUUCAUGUGGCGGUUCAGUAACAGCAACACGCAGCUGUUCUGCAUAAUGUGUACCUAUUUGUGGCUGUUCGCCAAGUACGAUGACGUCAGACAGGAUUUGACAGAGUUUCUGCACAUUCCUGAGAACCACAAAAUGAUGGUGACUAUCAAAGGCAACGUGGACAGGAUGAAGCGCAUGGAGUCCAACGCCACACGGAACAAAUACAGCACGCCGCAGCCGACCAAAUUCGUGUCCCACACGAACUCCCUCAACUUCAGUAUAUGUAGCAACGGCAGUGUUGGCUCCUGUCGUCUUCCAUUACCUGCUUUGGAACCAGAUUACGGCAUAACUAGAGCAGAUAAGCCACGAUACUUCGAGGACGCUCAACAUGCCAUUAACUGCCUAUUCUCGUCAUUUAAGUUGUAAAAAAUUGUUUCUCACAAUCGUUUCGUCAGUUUGUUUGCUUUCUAGUUGUGGGUUUGUAGAAUUUCAUAAUUUUAGAAAAUGAUAUACAUACAUGGUAUAAGUGAAAUUACCUUCGAUCGCUUAUUCCAAUAACAUUAUUGAUUUUGGGCUUAUUGAUAACCAUGUUUUCAAAUGAAUUAUGUUAAUUAUGAAUUAUUAUUUUAUAUAAGAUUCUUUAUAUUACUUAAAUAAUAUGCUAACUCUAAUAAUUUAUUACACGCAGGACAUUACUUUAGUGUUAACUUUUGAAUAGUGCUCAUAAAUGUAAUUGAAUAUUUUUAUUGUUUAAUGAUGUGUGCUGCUAUUUUUGUAUUUCUAAUUAACGCGUGUGAUUUAUAUUUUGUUUGCAAGUUGGAUAAUUAUGAUUUAAUACAAACUCUUCUAACUUACAAUAAUCGAGUUCACAGACACGGCUACGUCAUUAUUAACAUUUACAAAACAAGUACCUCGUUUUGUCAAGGUGGGGUAAUGUUAUUAUAUGGCAUAAUAUGUAAGCGCGCCGUAGAUAACAACCAUAGACAACCUUAUUUUAUACGGCUUUUAGACGUCAAUGACGUUUGUCUGACAAAAUUUGUCAGUCGAUAAAAUAAUUUGAGGUUAUGAAUUUAGAUAACAAUGUGUUGUUGUGUGAGCGAGCAAUAAUCGCGAGAAAUAAUAAUUAAAUAUUACUAACAUGGACGAGUUUGUUAACUACAUAUUACUAAUUUUGAUUCUACUACCUGUAUUGUUGUUCUUUAAUUUAUGGGCAGGCAUUGGUUGGGAAUUGUUUGUAAACAACUGAUGGUCUAGCAAGCAAUCCAUGGAACAAGUUAUUGUAUGUGAAGAUGAUAUCGUGAAUGUACUUGAAGACUGACUCAUCAUAAGAAUAAAUAAUUUGGUGUUGUAUUAG